AAAGCAUCUACCAAUACUCGAGAGUAAUUUCGACCAAAAGAAGACUAUGGUCAUGGCUCGAGUUGACACUUUGACAAAUAAGUUCUACAAGAUGACACUCAGCAGCCAAAAGUCUGGGUCACAGCAGGAUUCUAAUUCUCAAAGAGGUUCUGGUUGGGAUCAUCCAUUGACUGCAAUUUCAAAACAUACCACCACAUUGACAACAUAUGGAUAUGUGAUCAAGGAGAUACUUUGUAAUCUCAAUCUAUUUGUUUAUGGCCUUUCAAAUACUCUCAGCUACUCACUCCAAAAUAAUAGUGUCCAAAUGUAG